UAUUAAAAGCCUUCACCUCCAACUCCCUCCACAAUCCGUCCUCCCCACACUACUGCACCCACACUAUCCCAGCCUUCCCCGGCAAAUGUCUCUCUACCUCACAAGCUCUCCCAAGGACUGCUCGCAGAAAGGCUUCCACAUCAAGAAGCUCAACAAGAAGCUCCUCUACACCCUCUCCACCCUCGUCCUCUCCAUCCUCUCCGCAGGCUUCCUCAUCUGGCUCAUCCUCCACCCCUCCAAGCCAGAAUUCUCCCUCAAGGACACCUCGGUCUACGAGCUCAGCCUCUCCUCUCCCCACCUCCUCAACUCCACCAUCCAAACGACCAUAGUAUCCAAGAAUCCCAACGACCGGGUCGGCGUCUACUACGACCAGCUCCGAGUUUAUGCAGCCUACAAGGGCCAGCAGAUCACCGCCGACGCCGCGCUCCCGCCCUUCUACCAAGGCCACCAGGACACCAACCUCUUGUCGGCCUCCUUGCAUGGGGCCGGCAUGCCGGUCGCGCCCUCCUUCGGUUAUGAAGUUGGCCGGGACCAGACCGCCGGGAGGUUAUACCUCGGCCUCAAGCUCGAUGGGCAGCUCCGGUGGAAGGUCGGGACAUGGGUCUCUGGGAGGUACCGCUUCGAUGUCAACUGCAUCGCCGUCGUAGCAAUUACGCCUGGGGACACCUCCGGGCUGCUCAGCUCGGUUCAAGGCAGUCAGUGUUCCACCACCGUCUGAUGAUGGUGAGAGUAGAGUAGUAGUAGUAGUAGUGCAUGGCUGGUCUACAGUAUUUGUUUUAGUUUUUGUUUGCAGCAAAGUUGCACUUUCUUCAACCUGUUGUGUAGCUAAAUGCAUGUGUUUGAAUGUAGACUGAUCCUUUUGUACACCUUUUGCAUUAAACUUUGUAUGUAUUAUAAUUACCUUAUGAUUAGUACAGUAUAUGUUUUAGUUUU